UUGCUCAUGUCUGCCCAAUUCAACAUGGCGGCGCCCACGGAUUGGCGUGCGGUUUUUACUGACGGUGUGAGAGUGGUCCUUCACAGUUGGCCCGUUCUUCAGAUUGCGGUGGACAACGGCUUCGGAGGCGUGUAUGGGCAGCAGAAAGCUGACUGGAUGGUGGAUGUUGUCCAGCAGUAUUUCCACGACAACUCUGACCUUCAGCAGUUUGAAGUCGAAGAUUACAUUGCCACCCUCAUGGAUCAGGAGUUUGACACUGUGGUGGAUGACGGGAGUUUACCUCAGGUGUGUGCUCGACUGAUGCAGAUGUUUGGUCAGUGGCAGCAAGGGGCGCAGCAAGAGCUCACACACUCCAUCCAAUCGCUGAUGCAGAACAAGACACCCAGGGCAAAGGUCACAGCCCCGGCCACACAGUCAGAUCCAGAGAGUGAAGAAGAGACACAGGCCAUGGAGUGUGAGAGUACUUCAGGCAACACAACAAAUCAUCAUCCUCCUCCUCAAGACGAAGACGGAUGGACGCUGGUUCAAAAGAGAAAGUGACACUGAAGGAAUUACCUUUGACCUUAUCACGGGCCUCACAUGGACCUGAGGACUCGAUGGUGGUGUCAUGAUCAGUCACGUGACAUUAUGGCUACUGGGAUGUGCUGGGAAAAUAUAUUCCAUGUUUUGGGAAAGGACAGCAGGCCAGUUUGACAGAUUUUAAUCACACGGGUCUGGUUGCUUGUACAUAAACGUAAUAAAUCACGUCAACAGAAUCAUCCAAAGGAAAAAUAAAAGUAUUAUCAAUUUUAA